GUUGGGGUGCUCGGGCCCCGUCCCGUCCCACGGAGCGGGAGCCGGCAGCAGGAUCCGGGGAGCCCUGCGCUUGACUCCAGCUGUCGGAAGCCAUGUCCUGCCCGCUAGAAGGGAUCGCUGUUCCGUGACGCCGCCUUCGGGUUUCACAGGCGCCGAAAGAUGAACCCCAAGACCGCCAAGGAUCGUAUUAUGGCCAAGUGGGGCUUAAAGUCGAGCAGCUCCAGAGCUGAGAGUGGGCCGGAGAAGGGUAAAGAGGAGAGCGCUGCGCUGAGGCCUCAGAGCACGGAGGCAGCCGCGGCCGGGAGCGGCGGGACGGCGGAGGCGGAGAGGAGCGGGCUCCUCCAGAGAAUACAUUCCCUUGAAAAAGAAAAAGAAAAACACAACCAUCUUGUUGGAGAGAAGGACAGGGAAAUCCAAAACCUGAGAGACAAGCUUAAGUCCAAAACCAAGAAUAGUGAAGUCUCCUUACUACAAAAUCAACUAGAGGAAAAAACAAAGGAAGCAGAAAGGAGAGAACAGUUACUUUGUUCUCUAUCAGAAGAAAUUAACCGGUUAAAAUGUAAUUUAUCUGCGGUCAUGGCAAAGUGCUCUGAUCUGGAGAACAAAGCCAGUAGCACUUCUCAGGCAUCCCAGGAAGCUGUAACAAACAGCACCGAAGUUGAAAGACAACUGAAAGAUGCUCUUGAGAAAAACCAACAGUGGCUACUGUAUGACCAGCAACGGGAAGCAUAUGUCAGGGGAUUGCUUGGAAGGAUCUUUGAACUUGAACAGAAGUCAGAAAUAGUUAGCCAACAAGAAUCUAAAGGAUUCAGUUCAGAAGGUCAUCUGCAAGAGGAAAAGCAAGAAUACUAUGACCAGCUGCUACUAACUGCUAAGAGACAUCUUGAGACUGAAAGAUGCACUGUAACCCAGCUGAGAUCUGAACUUAAUGAAUUCAAAAAGAAAUAUGAAGAAGCACAAGGAGAAAUAAUGAGUUUAAAUGCAUUAUUGCAGUCGCAGCAGGUUGCUGAUGUGAAGGCUCAAGAAAAUGAAAAUAAAAUGAAAGAGAAAGUGCAAAAACUAAAACAGGAUAAUGAAACUCUCAGAGAAAAGCUCAGAGAAGGAAAAAAAAAAGCUGAAGAUCUUUCUUGUAAGGUGCAACUUCUUCAUAAAUCAUUGCUCAAACAGAAAGAGGAGCACACAAGGAUAGCUUUGUUGGAACAACAGAUCCAGACAUGCACCACAGACUUAGAGAAUGGAAAGGUUGAUCGCCAGAACUUGGAGCAUCAGUUAAACAAAGUCCUCAAGGAACUGCGCAAGGCCAGGGAGCAAAUAUCCCGUCUGGAACCUCUGAAACUCCGGGAAUCUGGACGUGUGGAACGACAAGAAGAACUGCAAGCCCUGUUUGACGAGAAGCUGACCACGUAUGACAGAAGUCCUUCCCCGAAACAUUCAAGCCUCCUUGAUGAAAGUUUUCUCGAGUGUCCCAGAUGUAAAGCGCUGUAUCCAACAAGCCAGCACAGAGAAUUGCUAGCACAUAUUGACUUCUGUACGGCUUGAGCUCCAAAUGGACUUACUAUAUUUGCUUUACACAUGCUGCCAAUAUGCUCAGCAAGAGAUCUUUCAAAGCUUUAUUCUUAAGGUUCUAGAAAGUAUUGCUCAUUUCAUCAUUCAGUUCUACAGAAACAUUAUUAAGAGGAUAAUAAUUUAGCCUCAAAUAUUUUGCCUGAAGUUUUUGGAAAAAAAACAGUUAUUGCACUUUUGGUUUCAAAUGGAAAUAUUUUUAGAAUUAGGAAUAUCUUAAAUAGUAAACUACUGACUUUUUUUUUUUUUUUUUUUUUUUGCACUAUUAAAUAUAAGAACAGUAAAAGCACAGGUAUUGUGUCAGGCUUUAUUUUAACGUUUGGCAUAUCCAGUUCUUGGUUGGUGAAUCCUGAUGAUUGUGCUUGUACCUGAACUAACAAGAAUAGCUGCAAAAGAUUUUUGGCCCUCGUAGGUGCACUAUAUAUAUAUUUAUGUAUACAUGCUGUGUGUAUGUAUGUGUAGUGUGUAUAGUAUAUAUAGACAUAAACCAUAUACAUGUGAAAUAUCAUCUUGAUAGAUAAAAACUCAGGAGGGUCUUGUUAGAUAUUUGCUGCUUAAGAUUCAUGUUGAAAACAUCGGUCAUAAGUAGCUUAUUUUCCUGAACCACAAUCAGUGGUGACUAAAAUUCUGACCAAGGUUUAAACUCUUCUCAAAAAAAAAAACUUCCUAGCAAAUACAAACUUUGUUGGUGCUGAAAAGCUUAUGUUUCAGACGAUGUCAGAGGCCAUUUUUGAAGUUUGGAUAUAAAAUUAUGCUGAAUUAAACUUGUUUGUACUUCUGUAUUUUAGAGAUUAAAGUUGAGAAAUUUCAGUUAUUCAAUCUUAUAUUUGACAAAUGUCCCAAACUGUAGUUAUUAUAAAUUGCCCUAGUGGAUUUGAAGUGUCACUGUAUUUUGAUAUUACUACAGGAAACAAAGUUAGUAAUUCUGGCAACAAAUUAGAAACUGGCAAAAAAAUUCCCUUAUGGAUUUGGAAUUGCAGUACUAUUUUUCUCUAGCACCUGCUGUAAACCUGAAUCUGUUUCCAGUGUUUUGGUCCUUGCAUGUGUAGUGAAGUCCCAAAAGAGGUUCCUUUUGUGGAAAUUAUUAAAAUGAAGAAAUUUUACAAAGAUACACUAGUUGAGAAUAAAUUUGCUUCUUUUACAUGUUUGUGGUUUGCUGAGGAAAGUCAAACACCCAAGGUCCAUCCUUCUCUGGCAUACUGAUUCCGAUUGCUAGCUAGUAUCAGCUUUUCACAUCAUGCUUUGCUGCAAAGCUGUGUGCAUUUACCCUGUAAUGUUCACCUUAAUCUUUGAUGGUUAAACCUUUUUCUUAAAUAUGAGUGUGUUUUCCAAGUUAUUUUCAAUAACUUAUAGUAACAAGUGAUACUAUUAUUGAUUAAAUCCAGUGUUUGUAAGACAGAAAGCCAAUGUUAAAAGCUAUUAUCUUUAUAUCUGAAAUAUCUGUGCCAAAUUUACUAUAUUAGCCACUCUCUUUGCCAAAUUUAUUAUAUUAGCCACUUUAUCCAGUUUUCAAUUUCACUGACCAUUCUCAGGCUAAUCUUUGUAUUUGACAAUUUGCUCAAGUGUUAGCAACAGGCUUUCUGACCAAAGAUAUAAUGAACUAACGAAUAAAACAGAAAUAAUGCUUCAGAAUCUCAAGGUUUUGCUGUGCGAAAUUGUCAUCAUUUCAUGGUCUUUCUAAAGAUCUUUUAGUUCAGGAUAAUAACUAUGCUUUUCAUUGAACCCCAAUAAUUUUAAUCUCUAAUUAAACUACUUUUGAAAGUUUAAGUUAGUUGUCUUUUAACAACACCUUAAUCAGCUAGUAUUCUGUUCCCAGUUGCACACUCAGCAUAGUUUCUCCAAAAGGAAAUCCUGAUCUUUUAUGUAUUAUAGAUGAAAUAAAUUUGCCUACUGUGGGUCAGCA